AGAUGGUUUAGCCAAUCAGACUGGAGGAGGCGAGAGUUGUUGUAAUGCGGGUAGGAGAAAAAGAUAACGUACCUAGGCUACAUUUGUAAUCAGUGCGAAGAGGAAAGAGGACUCGUCCAUAUUAUAACUGCUGUUUCAGUGGUUUCCGUGGUGAUGGACCCUCCCGGCGGGCGAGACGAGCGGCGCCGUCAGGCCGAGCGUCUUCGGCGGGAGGAGGCGUACUACCACUUUAUCAACGAGCUGAGCGAGGAGGAGUAUCGGCUCAUGAGAGACAGCAACCUGCUGGGCACACCGGGUGAAAUCACAGCUGAGGAGUUGAGACAGCGCCUGGAUGGAGCAAAGGAGCGCGUGUCCUCGCAACCUCGCCCUGAAUCACGUCCACAGAACAAUGAGGCUGGCCAAGAGGGCAGCAGUGCUGCCGCUGAGCCGGGCACCGAGAGCACUAACGGUGACUCUCUGCUGGAAUGGCUGAACACGUUUCGACGCACGGGCAACGCCACCCGCAGCGGCCAGAGUGGCAACCAGACGUGGCGUGCCGUCAGCCGCACAAACCCGAACAGCGGCGAGUUUCGCUUCAGCCUGGAAAUCAACAUCAAUCACGAGCAGCCCGAGCCGGGGGAGCACAGUGACGCUUCUGACCCUGUCGAACUUCCUGUUACGCAGAGGGCCUCUGCAUCUAUACGCACUCCCCCAAGGCCUGCACCCUAUUCCACUCAACACCCCACCCCUUAUUCUACAACCAGGCCCACUCUGGGGCGGCGGGCUCAGGCACGGCGCACUCGCAGUAGCACUACCCCACCCAUAACCUCGCCUCUGAUCUCACAGCCACCGUAUACGAGUUUGAGGAGGAACCUUGCUUUGCCUCAGCCAGCACCGCUUCCUCCUCCUCUUCCUCCUCCUCCUCCCCCUCCUUCACAGGCCACAUCCACAUCCCUAUCUCAAGAACAGGAUAGCACUAACAGUGUGCAGGGUCAAGUCCAGCCGCAGCCUCCUUCACUUAGUAACGAGGAGGUUCAGGAAGCUAACGAUGCUGCAGACUGUCCGGAAGCUGUGUCUCAGGCCAGCACGCAGGGGGCGGCAGCUAGCCGUGAGGCACGCAGAACUCGUUCACGUGGCCGGGUCCGUCGGAUAGCUCUGUCCCGGUCCUCGCGUCGUAGCCGCUCACCUCUGGAUAGAAACUCCGCCCGAAGCUCUAGCCCAACCCCCAGCAACAGUGCUCCCGCUGUAGAGUCCACUGGAAACACGGCUGCUGCUGCUGCUGCUGUGGAGAUGGUGGAAAUUCCCGCUGAGCCGACCGCACCCGUGGAAUCCGCUCCUGAAGUGGGUACUGAGGAAGGUGAGACGCCCGUGUCAGGUGCAGCAGGCAGCGUCCGCCGGCACCCGACCAUCAUGUUGGAUUUGCAGGUGCGCCGAAUCCGGCCGGGCGAGAACCGAGACCGGGAUAGCAUCGCCAGCCGCACACGGUCUCGUGCACGCGCCGCCGAAAAUACGGUCACUUUCGAGAGCGACAGCGGAGGCUUCAGACGGACCAUCUCACGCUCGGAACGCGCCGGCAUCCGCACAUACGUAAGCACUAUCCGCAUUCCUCUGCGCCGUAUCUCUGAGACGGGAUUGGGUGAGCCGAGUUCCACGGCGCUGCGCUCCAUCCUGCGGCAGAUCAUGACAGGCUUCGGAGAGCUCAGCUCUUUAAUGGAGACCGAGGCAGACCCGGAAGGCUCCGCCCCCGGACAGAACGUGGGCGUCAGCGCUGCAGCUCAGACACAGCGUACGCAAGGCGGCGAAGCCACAACGGGGAAUGCCGUGACCGAGUCGGGACGAGAGGGCGGAGCGGUGGGCGAGGCCGGCCAGGCGAGGGUGGGCACCACCGGACGGGACACAAAUAACUUGGUUGAGAACGGCACUUUGCCCAUCCUGCGGCUGGCGCACUUCUUCUUGCUGAACGAUGAGGAGGACAACGAGCACCCGCGCGGUCUCACAAAAGAGCAGAUCGACAAUCUGGCCACGCGCACUUACGGCCAGGCGAGCCUGGAGGGCGAACAGGGGCGCGCCUGUAGCGUGUGCAUCAACGAGUACGCGCAGGGCAACAAGCUGCGCAGCCUCCCCUGUGCACACGAGUUCCACAUCCACUGCAUCGACCGCUGGCUCUCAGAGAACAACACGUGCCCCAUCUGCAGGCAGCCCAUUCUGUCCAGCCAUCAGGACUGACUCGCUUCCUCCAUCGCUCCUGUACAUAGCGCUCCAGCUGUUCCACCCGUUCCUUCAUCAGCAGCUCCCUCUGUAUUCAGCUGUAGGUAGAACCAAAAGAAGAAACAACAGAGAGAAUUAACAAAGCUUUAUUUUUUUAGACCUGUUCGUUUUGGUUUUUUUCUUUUCCCUCCUGUCCGCAAAGUCUCUCUCCUCCAUCCUGCUUCGGGGUUUGUCCGUUAACAAAACCCCAACAGAUAUUAACUGUGAUGAAUCAGUGUUAGCAAAAGCUAAUCUUCAGCAUUUCAUGAAAUGGAUUUUUAUAGAUCGAUCUGUACACGCCAGAUCCUGAGGAUUAUGUAAAUAUACGAAUGCCUGUGCUUUUUAUUAUUUUUAUUUUGCGAGAGUUUGACAUUGAGACACCGUAUAGAACCAUGCUCAAGAAAAGCUCCUCUUAAAAUCUGUUUGAACUUUAGUUUUACGCCACGCUCCUCUUAGCAGAAUGUUCCAGUUUUAAAGCUCUUAACACUUUCAGCGUGUUGUCGGUCCGGGUGCGGUCACGGCUCCCUGCUCCGACUGCGACCGAGUCAUGGUUUCAAGAUUAGAACAAUCGAAACGGCAAUCAGCCUCUUAACACUACAUACUGUUGGAUUAAAUAUGGAUUGAUUUAUUUUCUCUUCUCCACAUUUCUGAUGCUUCCCCAUUGCAGAUUAUUUAAUAAUAUUUUCUCCGCCCCGUUGCGUGUAUGCGUCAUGCCGCCUGUGUGUGUUUUUGUUUUUAAAUUGUGUGAAUAUAUAAUGCCAGAACACGCAUCCUUGUUUUAAUGUGUGAUAGAUAAUCAUUUUGUUAUUCUUCUUAAAGCACUUGCAGGAGGAGUUUUAGGGUGAAGAAGUGUUUCGCCUUUAAGAGGCCAAACUUUAAAAAUAGGUGCAAUGUCAGAAAAAAAAAAAAAAAGAGUGGAUGGUUUUUAAAUCCCUGUUUUGUUUUUUUGUUUUGUUUUUCCUCCCCAAAUGUUUCAAAUAUUUCUCGUUCCACUCAGCUUGUUACUGACAUUUGAGGUUUUUAUAUAUAUUUUAUUUUCAUGUAGGACUUACAUGAUGUCGUCUUCCAGGUCUGUUUGUCAACUUCCUUGCCAUUUACAGUGAAUACAACAGAGCCAACAGUUAACUGUACUCAGAAUAUCAUCAGAGCACAGAGACAGGCAUUAUUAUUAUUAUUAUUAUUAUUAUUAUUAUUAUUAUGAAGAAGUUGUUCUUUCCAUACUUUAAUUCUUAAUGAAGGUUAGAAAUAUGAACUGGUCUCUUAAAAGGGUAACUGAUGAUAAUAAUGAGCUCAUCAUGGUUCUGUGUUCUCCUCCUCCUGCAUGAACAGGGUUGUAACACACACACACACACACACACAGAGCACAGCCUCAUUUCCUUCUGAGCAGACGAAACGGUACGCUUCUCAACAAACCUUUACAUUAUGCCUCAAUGUCUCGUUUAAAGGAAACAGUAGGAAAACAUUUGGUUUCCUUAACGCUUUUUCUUUCCAGAUGUAGUGGAAUAUACUUUGAAUCUAUUUUGUGUGUAUGUCGCAAAGGUGUGUGUGUGAGUGAGUGAGUGAGUGCGUGUGUGAAUAUGUAUGAAAUGGCGAGUAUGCUAGUGGUCAUUCAUCCGAGAGUGCAAGCGGAGUCUUUGGCCAUUUAAAAAUCCAGAAUGAUUUAUUUAGUUCUUAUUUAAUAAGGUAAGAAAUGACCUUGAGAAAUGAAUAUGUAUUAUGUUCUAAUGUGAUGCUAUAACAGUUACGGAUAUGUAUUCUGUUACUAUGUAAUAAAACAAGCAAAUGAGUUUUC